GUUUGUGGGCAGAGCAGUACUGUAAUUUACACUUUCGUAAACAAUCUCCUAACAGUGCCAUUUUGCCAUCUUCCUGGGGCAAGGUGUGUUUGGAGAAGCAGCUGUACAGAUUGUGUAGAAGGCUGAAUUUUUCAGGGAAGCUGGAGUGGAAAAUGGAGUGGUCAGGCUUGUGGGGCAGGGAGACCUGGCUGGAUGUGCAAACCUGGGGGAUCUUUGUGAUGGUGUUUGUGGUGGUAACGGCUGUGAUGCGGGCCAGGAAGAGCCACAGCAAGCUGCCCCACGGACCGUCCCUGUGGUCCAUCAGCCAAAACCUCACUGUGCAGGCUCUUAAGUAUCCACAAUUUGGAAUAAUGAAGCUUGCCAAGAAGUAUGGGAACAUUUUCACGUGUUACAUGAUACACAUUCCCAUGGUGGCUCUGAACGGCUUUCAGAUGAUCCAGGAGGCUCUUGUCCAUCAAGGCUCGAACUUUGCCGGACGACCACAGUUUGAUAUUUUCUCCAAAGGACAAGGUAUUAUUAACGCCCCCUACGGGAAGUCCUGGAAACAACAACGGCGAUUCUUGAUGACCAUUUUGAGGAACUUUGGAUUGGGUAAAAAUGCCUUUGAGGAGAAGAUUCUAGAAGAGGUGCGCUAUUUGAUCGAGAUCUUCAGAUCAACUGAUGGACGACCAUUCAACCCAGACAUUGAGAUCACCAACGCUGUGUCCAAUGUGAUUUGCUCCAUUGUCUUUGGCGAGCGCUUCCACUACACGGACCCCAACUUCAUACAAAUGACAGAACUCUUCGACAAGAGCUUGAAGUUUCAAGCGGGAAUCUGGUUCCAGGUGGCGAUGGCACUCCCCUUUCUCUCCUCUUUCCCAGGGCCUCAUCAGAAGAUGUUCCGAGUCCAGGCAGAAAUCGAAGCAAUCAUUCAGGAUUUCAUCAAAAAGCACCGGGAAUCGCUGGAUCUGCAGAAACCACGGGAUUUCAUCGAUGCCUAUUUAUUAGAAAUGAAAAAGGAACAAGAAUCUCCCAAUUCCUGUUUGACGGAGGGAAACCUUGUGUACAAUGUCUUUGAUCUGUUCGUGGCUGGAACUGAAACCACAGCCACCACGCUACGCUGGGCAAUAUUAUACAUGAUGACAUACCCCGAUAUACAGGAGAAGUGUCAGAAGGAGAUCGAGCAGGUGGUCGGCUGGUGUCGGUUGCCCUGCAUGGACGACCGAGUGAAAAUGCCUUACGUCAGUGCCGUCAUUCACGAAAUCCAAAGGUUCGGGAACGUGGUGCCCUUCACACCAGCUCACGCUGCCAUCCAGGACACCAGCUUCAGGAGCUACACAAUGAAAAAGGACACCAUCAUGCUGGUGAACCUGACCUCAGCUCUGUUCGAUGAGGCCGCCUGGAAAGACCCCAACAACUUCAACCCGGGAAACUUCCAGAACGAAGACGGAGAGUUUGUGAAACCAGAAGCUUUCAUCCCCUUCUCACUGGGCCUGCGGGCAUGUCCAGGGGAGAGAGUGGCCAACAUGGAGCUCUUCCUCUUCUUCAUCAGCCUCCUUCAGAGCUUCACAUUCCUCUGGCCUCCGCAUGCGCCCCCUCCCGACCUGCGUGGGUUGUACCGAAUCACCUUAGCCCCUCGUCCCUAUACACUGGCUGUGAAGUGCAGGAAUCGCCAGCCAGCCAGAGAGCUGGGUCCUUCUGUCUCCCAGUGACCUGCCCCUGUGUUAGCGCUGUUCCUGCCUCUGAGUCAGAAGGUUAUGAGUUCGAUUCCACACAUCAGGACAUGCAAUCACACAGUCUAAACUGACACCCCACUGCAUUGUUAGAGACACAGUCCUUCAGGCUGACAGGACCUUGGUUAAACCUGUGGGAAUUUGAAUUGAAUGAAUGAGUUGAUUAGAGAUUUUCGCAGCGCCUGUCAUUACAAACAUUAAAACUCAUCGCCACCUGGGCAGUGAUUGGGUGUUUGGCUUGUGACAUCCUCUAUGACUUGACACGUGGAAAUCUCUGUGUGUGUUCGUUGGCAGACAUCUGUGGAAUUCUCAGCCUGGUUUGGAGACUCUGGAGACGGUGAGACAUGUGGCUGAUCACAACAAAGCACCAGGGGGCAGUGCACACGCCCAGUUACAGCACAAAUACGAGCCUGCGUGGCUGGGAGGGACGGGGGGGUGGGGGGGUAGCGACUAUAGACAGACGUUGACUGAGGAUGUACACAAUGUGCUGUAUCUCACGCACCCGCUGCCUUUCACAAUACCAAAUAAAGCUAAUUACUAAAAACUGCA